AUGGCAGCACAGCCCCCGAGCGCGCCCCGCGACUUCACCCGCAAAUACGCUGUGGCCACAGGCGCAGCUUGGGACACAGGUGUCGGCUUCGCCACUGCAAAAGCAUUCGCUAGGGUUGGUGUUGCAGAAAUUGCCGUCGUUGACCUGCAUGGCGUAUCUGACAACCUUGUCGCAGACCUCAAGCAGGUUGCGAAAGAAGCAGGACGAGACGAACAACUUGUUAUCAGCUGCACCACAGACAUUGCCAAUGCGACCAGCGUCAGAGCCGCUUAUGACAAGGUGGUCGCUGCCUUUAGCGGGCGCCUCGAUGUACUUGUCAACAACGCCGCGCAUAUGGAGCCAUAUGAGCGGUUUCUCAACGCGGAUCCGGAUAUCUACUGGCGCACUUGGCAAGUCAACCUCGGCGGCCUCUUCAACAUGGCUCGCGCCGUUCUGCCCAUGAUGCGUUCGGCCCGCGAAUCUGGGGACGGCCUCUGCACGAUGGGCGAUACAAGCUCUGCAUGGGACAUGGAGGAGCUGUUACAGAUGAAAUCGGCCAUCAUCGAAGAGGACAAGCUCAAGCUUAAGAUGGCUUUCUAG